CGUACUUCCCAAACUGAAAGAUGUCAAGAGCAGUGACAACAGCAGGAGCCUUCUAUCAUAUAUUGUCUCAUAUUUUGAUGACGAUGCUAGAAAAGAGCAAUGUUAUCUUCCCUCUCCUCGAGCCGCAAGACCCUUUUCAAGCUUCUCAGUUAAAAUUUGAAGAGUUCCAAAAGGAUCUUCGCAAACUUGAAAAAGACUUGCGAGCGUGUGAGACAGAAGCGGGCAAGGUUUGCCAGUUUUCAUUUAGAGGAACACAUCCAGCCUUUAAAGACAACAUGGAGAAAUUCAUUAGUCAAGCUAAAAUUGACCAUGAAUUGGAAGAGAAAUCCCUGGCAGAGACGCAUAAAAGCUUUUUGGAGACUGCAGCUUAUUUCUGCAUGAAACCAAAAAUGGGUAAAAAGAAGGUGUCCCUAAAUGCUUUCUUCAGUAUUUGGCAUGAAUUCAGUUCCGAUUUUAAAGAGUUCUGGAGGAAGGAAAACAAGCUUAUUUUGUAACAAAGGCUUAAAGAGGCUGAGGAAGUAUGUCGACAGAAAAAGGGAAAAUCACUUUACAAUAUAAAACAAAAGCACA